GUUUUGAACAGUUGGUUGUUGCUUCACAGCAGGAGUAGAGAGUGUGUGUAUCAGAGGUAUACAGUAUAUCUGUAGAAAUGGAGACAGAUCGAGCCGCUACAUUGGAGUUUGCAGUGCAGAUGAGCUGUGAGAGCUGCGUGCGGGCUGUUAAAGGUGCACUAGAAAACCAGCCUGGCGUGCAGGCAGUACAGGUGGACUUGGCUCGGGAGGAGGUUUUGGUUGAGACAUCACUUUCCACUCGAGCGGUUCAGGAUCUGAUUGAGAGCACGGGCAGGAGAGCCGUACUCAAGGGCAUCGGGGGAUCACAACCAGACCUGGGCGCAGCUGUGGCUAUGCUAAGCGGGACGGGGGCGGUGCAGGGCGUGGUCCGGUUCCUGCAGUUAUCUGAGAAGCGAUGUUUGAUUGAUGGCACAAUUGACGGCUUAGAGCCCGGUGCUCACGGCCUUCACGUGCAUGAACUUGGAGACCUCACACAGGACUGCAUGAGUUGUGGUGAUCACUAUAACCCAUAUGGGAAGCAGCACGGAGGCCCACAAGACACAGAAAGGCAUGUUGGUGAUUUGGGAAACGUGCAGGCCGGAGCAGACGGCAGAGCCACGUUCAGACUGGAGGACUCGCAGCUGAAGGUGUGGGACGUGAUCGGUCGGUCGCUGGUGGUGGAUUCAGGAGAAGAUGAUCUGGGAAGAGGAAAUCACCCUCUGUCCCGACAAACAGGAAACUCAGGCCUGAGAUUGGCGUGUGGGAUCAUUGCUCGUUCGGCAGGACUCUUUCAGAACCCCAAACAGAUCUGCGCCUGUGACGGAGUCUCACUCUGGGAGGAGAGAGAUCGUCCGAUAGCGGGCAAAGGCCGCCAAAAAGUCCCAGACACACCAUCUGCCAAUUUAUAAUCCUGAGACCACUUAUCAUAGUAAUAAUGAGUGAAUGAAUUAAUGAAUGAAUGAAUGCACGACAGAUUGCACUUAAUGAAGAGACUUAAUGAUCAGACCAAAUAUAUUGUUGAUUACCAAUCAGUACCCUUUAUACAGUACCAUCUCUGAAUGUUGCCUGGUUCUUUCUCUGGCAGUUUUUGAUCACAACAGUGCUGAGAGUGAUGUCAUAGUAGAGGUACACAUGAAAAUUUAUGUAAAGCAUGGUGACUGAGGUCUGUGUGCAGGGAAGAAAGGCAUUUCUUUCUCUACAGUUAUGGUUAAAAAGCCUUCACACAGCUGUAGGGUAAUACACGCACAGUUUUCAAUUUUAUCUUUAUUUAUGUAGGAUUAGAUAUGUUGGAUACGUUUCUCGAAGAAAACUGAAAAACUGUUAAUGCUCCAUUAAAAUACACUUAUGGUCUGAAAUCCACAGUUGUUGAAAUCCAUAAGUAAAUGUUUAAUAUAUGUAGCUUCAUAAGACUGACUCUAGAAACUAUCCCUCUCAUAUUGUGGAGUUUGAUCUCUUUUGAACAAAUGGGUUCCUUAUCCAUACAAAAAUUAUGUCAUAACCAUUUUGUUAAACAAUUAUUACUUUUUUGACAUUUUAACUCAAUUUUUCUACGUAAUUUAGUCGGGUCAAGUUCUCACCCGUCUUAUGAGGGCAGGCCUACACGCUUCCCCUUGCUGGUCACGCACCAUAACACACACCGAGGACAGCACUAUCUGCCUCCUUCUGCUUGUGUGAUCAGUGAUUGAUGUGGGAGUGUGAGUAAGCCACUUCCCCUUCCCAGGAGAGCAUGCCCAAUCUUCUGUCUAGGCUCCUAGUUACUGAUGGCUGUGGCAUCACCUGGGAAAAGAACUCACCAUCUUAAGGCCGAUUGUGUCUUUGCUGAGCCACUCCUUAUCCUAUAAAUUAGUUUUAAGUAAACUCUCCUAGAGUAAAUCAACAGUAUGUUAAUGCACAAGUGACACAACAGAAAUGUGUUCACUGUGUUGUCUAGGGGGGAAAAUGCUGUAGUCUCUCUGUGGGAGGGGCCUACUUUCAUAAUUUUUCCUGUCAAUCACAGUGACCCUAGCCAAUCACAUGCGAUCAUGUAUGCUAUAGGGUAGCAGAUAGCACUUAUUUUCUGAUUGGAGCAAUGUAUGGCAUUUCAAAGAGUGUGUUUGGUUGGUGUUGUGUGUCCCAGAGAAAGCAUCUAUUAAGUUAUAAUAUAAUAGCAGAGAGAUAAAUGAUGUGUGGGGAGAAAAUUGGGUGAAAAAAGCACAAGUCCUUUAUAAUAGUAAACACAGAUCGACUCUAAUCUUGCACUGAAGUGCACGAGGAGUGUUCAAGUCAAACCAGGACUUUUGAUUGUGCAGAAUGACAGAGCACAGUGAUGAGAGGAAAAACUCCCUUUAUUUCUAUAUAUAAUACCCUGCUACACUAAUGCACUUAUCCCAGUGGUUUACUUGUAUGUGGACACGUCAUGGUAGAAAGUUUUCUCAGUACACCAGAGCCAUGAUCGGACUUCCUGACUCACUGGCCUCCCAGUAAGUCCUCUAAUGGCCCUUUCCUUUAAUGAAAAAAACAGCCUGUUUUGAUGAACAAGGGCAUCCUGUUUCGCAGGACAAUGCAUGACCUCAUCCUGCUCACCACACCACUUGCAUAUUACAGGAAUUCGGCUGGGAGUCAUUGCCACAUCCCUCGCUCAGUCCUGACCUUGCUCCAAGCUAUUUUUAUAUUUUAAGGCAAUUAAAGGAGUUCCUGGGAGGCCAGCAUUUCUGAGAUGUGUGCAUUAUUGUAGCAGGAGAUUAUAUAAACAUCAUAAUUUAACUCUCAUAACUAUGUUCUGUUAUUCUGCACAAUCAAAAGUCCAGGUUUGACUUGAACGUCCCUUGUAAAAGCACUCAAUUAUAAAAACAUCCAUUCCAAAUAAUAUUGUUGUUUUAUAAUGUUUUUUUUUUUUUUUUCAAUCAUGAUUUACAUAAAACAUCCCGGUACAGUCUUGUGAUCUUUAUUUAAUGUUUAAUCUAGAAAGAACAUUUUGUGUCCUAAAGCACUAAAGUUAGACUUUACCCAGAACUGUAAAAAAAGGGUUUAAAUUUUACUAAAUUAACACAAUUUAGGUUUUUUUUUAAAAAGUUGGUUAAUUUAAAUCUGGAUCCACUUAAGUAAUUAAUAAGGAUUAAAGAACCCACAUAAACCCUAAAAUUGAGACUAAAUAUGUCUCAUACAUAAUUAGAUCAAGUCAUAUUUUCCAAAUGCUGAUUCUUGCCUUUUUAUCAUUCGUUAGAUCUGUUCCUAGCAGCAGUGGUUCGUUUCUUCCAUUUUCACUGUUAUUAAUAUAUAAAGUAAUUAAUUUUCCUAAUAAACAUUUUACAAAAUCA